AUGUUCAAUCGUUUAAACAAAUUCCAAGCUGCUUUAGCUUUGGCCCUUUACUCUCAAAGUGCGUUGGGUCAAUACUAUAGCAAUAGCACCUCAAUUUCGAGCAACAGUUCGUCCACCGCUGUAGUAUCGAGUUCCUCCGGUUCUGUUUCGAUCAGUAGCUCUAUCGCUCAGACAUCCUCGUCCGCUACCGAUAUCUUAAGUUCUAUCACACAAUCAGCUUCAUCCACUUCUGGUGUUUCUAGCUCUGUCAGUCAAUCCGCUUCAUCUGCUUCCGAUGUCUCGAGCUCUGUCAGUCAAUCCGCUUCAUCUGCUUCCGAUGUCUCGAGCUCUGUCAGUCAAUCCGCUUCAUCCACUUCUGGUGUUUCUAGCUCUGUCAGCCAAUCUGCCUCAUCUGCUUCCAGUUCAUCAGCCUCUGUCACACAAUCUUCCUCAUCCGCUUCUGGUGCCUCAAGUUCAUUCCCUCAAUCAACCUCAUCAGCUUCUACUGCCUCGAGUUCUGUCACUUCCGGUUCCUUGAGUUCUAUUACUUCUUCAGCUUCUAGCGCAAGUGCAACUGCAUCAAAUUCACUUUCUUCCAGUGAUGGUACUAUCUACUUGCCAACUACUACAAUAAGUGGUGACCUUACCCUUACAGGUAAAGUAAUUGCAACAGAAGGUGUCGUAGUCGCAGCCGGUGCCAAAUUGACUCUGCUUGACGGUGACAAAUAUGUCUUCUCUGCCGACCUAAAAGUCCACGGUGAUUUGGUUGUAAAGAAGUCCAAGUCAACUUACCCAGGUACCGAAUUUGAUAUUUCUGGUGAAAACUUUGAAGUUUCUGGUAACUUCAACGCUGAAGAAUCCGCUGCCACUUCCGCUUCCAUAUACUCCUUCACUCCAAGCUCUUUUGACAACAGUGGUGACAUAUCUUUGAGUCUAUCAAAAGCUAAGAAGGGUGAAGUCACCUUCUCUCCAUACUCCAAUUCUGGUGCCUUCUCUUUCUCAAAUGCUAUUCUCAACGGCGGUUCCGUCUCUGGUUUGCAGCGUAGAGCUGAAGAUGAAGGAUCUGUAAAUAACGGUGAAAUCAAUCUAGACAAUGGCAGUACCUAUGUUAUUGUUGAACCAGUUUCCGGAAAAGGUACAGUUAACAUCAUCUCUGGUAACCUUUACUUACACUACCCAGACACCUUUACUGGUCAAACUGUUGUUUUCAAGGGUGAAGGUGUUCUUGCCGUCGACCCAACCGAAACCAACACUACUCCUAUUCCUGUGGUUGGUUACACCGGUAAAAACCAAAUUGCUAUUACAGCCGACAUCACUGCUCUUUCUUACGACGGUACUACUGGUGUUCUAACUGCAACCCAGGGCAACUCGCAAUUCUCUUUCGCUAUCGGUACUGGAUUCUCUGGUUCUGACUUCAGUGUCUCCGAAGGAACUUUUGCAGGUGCCUACGCUUACUAUCUAAACUACAAUGGUGUGGUCGCUACUAGUGCUGCUCCUUCAUCUACUGCAUCUAGCGCUUCCGCUUCUACCGCCUCUGGUGUUUCCGCUUCUGCUACCGGUUCCACUUCAUUUAGUGCGUCCGUCAUAGGUUCAACAGCUUCCACCUUGACUUCAGGUUCAGCAUCUGUUUACACUACAACCCUUGAUUACGUAAAUGCCACAAGCACAGUCGUAGUGUCCUGUUCAGAAACAACCGACUCUAAUGGUAACAUCUACACUAUUACUACAACCGUUCCAUGUUCAUCUACCACCGCCACUAUCACUUCUUGCGACGAAACUGGAUGUCACGUUACUACAUCAACCGGAGCCGUUGUAACUGAAACCAUUUCUUCCAAAUCAUACACCACUGCCACUGUCACCCACUGUGACGAUAACGGCUGUAACACCAAGACUGUCACUUCUGAAUGUUCCAAAGAAACUUCAGCAACCACUGCUUCUCCAAAAUCAUACACCACUGUCACUGUCACUCACUGUGACGACAAUGGCUGUAACACCAAGACUGUCACCUCUGAAGCUCCUGAAGCCACCACCACCACCGUUUCUUCUCAAUCAUACACCACCGCUACUGUCACCCACUGUGAUGACAAUGGCUGUGAUGUCAAGACUGUCACUUCUGAAGCUCCUAAAGAAACUUCAGUCACUACCACAGAAACUAGCGCUUCUCCAAAGUCAUACACUACCACCACAGUUACCCAUUGCGAUGACAACGGUUGUGAUGUUAAGACUGUCACCUCUGCAGCUCCAGAAGCUACCACAACAACCACCGUUUCUACACAAUCAUACAUCACUGUCACUUCUGGAUCCCCUAAAGUAACCUCAUCAACUGUCGCUACUUCUAAGACAUCUGGUGUUACUACCAAGUCAGGCGCUUCUACCACCAAAACCGUUACUCCUCAAUCCUCCACUGGUAUCAUCAUCCAAUCUGAAGGUGUCGCUGCAGGUUUGAAAACCAGCGCUUUGAGUACUUUGGUAGGUAUUUUCGUUCUUGCUUUCUUUAACUGA